CGUCGGGACUUAGGCGCUGUAGCGGUCUGCAGACUUCACACUCGGCCCGAGGGCUCUCGCCUCAGCUUUUCCCCGCCGCGGCGGGAGAGCCCAGCCAAAGCCCCGGCUUCCGAGAGACCCGAGGAGGAAGGGGGAGGGGUUGGGGGCGGAGCUCCUCGGGGGGCGGAGCUGAGAAAACCCCGGGAGAAGAGGCUGCGCGUGCUGCCGCGGGCCAGAAGGUAGCCGAGCUCAUGGCAGAAAAGCAGAUCCUGUGCGUGGGGCUGGUGGUGCUGGACAUAAUCAACGUGGUGGAGAAGUACCCCGAGGAGGACGCCGACAGCAGGUGCCUGACCCAAAGAUGGCAGCGUGGUGGCAAUGCCUCCAACUCCUGUACCAUCCUUUCCCUUUUAGGAGCUCCUUGUGCUUUCAUGGGCUCCUUGGCACCUGGGCAUGUUGCUGACUUUGUCUUGGAUGACCUUCGCCGAUAUUCUGUGGAUCUGCGCUACACAGUCCCCCAGCGUGUGGGCUCCGUUCCCAUCUCCACUGUCAUCAUCAGUGCAGCCACUGGCAGCCGUACCAUCCUGCACGCUAACAGCUUCCUGGUGACUGACUUUAAGUAUCGGGGCGUGGACGUGUCGCAAGUGGUAUGGCAGAACAAGGGCGAAACACCUUGCUCCUGCUGCAUCGUCAACAACUCCAAUGGUUCCCGUACCAUUGUCCUCUAUGACACAAACUUGCCAGAUGUAUCAGCCAAGGACUUUGAAAAAGUUGACUUAAACCGGUACAAGUGGAUCCACAUCGAGGGCAGGAAUGCAUCUGAGCAAGUCAAGAUGCUGCAGCGGAUAGAGCAGCACAACAAGAGGCUUCCCCGAGAACAGCAGAUCAGGACAUCUGUGGAGGUGGAGAAACCCAGAGAAGAGUUAUAUCAACUCUUUGCCUAUGGGGAUGUGGUUUUUGUCAGCAAGGACGUGGCCAAACACAUGGGGUUUCAGUCAGCAGCUGAAACUCUAAAGGGAUUAUACAGCCGUGUGGGGAAAGGAGCUGUGCUAGUGUGUGCAUGGGCAGAGGAGGGAGCAGAUGCCUUGGGCCCCGAUGGACGGCUCCUGCACUCUGAUGCCUUCCCACCACCCCGAGUAGUGGACACUCUGGGGGCCGGAGACACUUUCAAUGCCUCUGUCAUCUUCAGCCUUUCCCAGGGGAAAAGCAUGCAAGAAGCAUUGACUUUUGGUUGCCAAAUAGCAGGCAAGAAGUGUGGGAUACAAGGCUACGAUGGAAUUGUGUGAAGGCAUCAGACAUCAGAGGGCACAGCCUCAGCCGGCUCUAGGGGAUUAAGGGAGCCAGGGCAUUGCUGGGUAUCUCUUUUUGCUCUGGUGUCAUGGCCAUCCAUUUAACAGAGCAGAUACAACCAAGGCUGGAGCUCUUUAGCCCCACCACAUCUCGGUUCUCAACUGUCCCCCUCUUUAAAACCAAAUAAACAUUUUAUCAAGCCA